GCCGAGCGAGCCGAGCCGAGCAGAGAAGCCGAGGCCCAGCCGCCGCCCGAGCAGCGCGGCCGGCCGAGGAGCGGCCGGGCCAUGGCGUCCUACGUGGACAACAGCUUCCGCCAGGCGGUGAUGAAGAACCCGGCCGAGCGCGCCCCGCAGGACCUGGAGAUAGUGUACUCCCAUUUACAUGGCAUGGAAGCUUUGUCCAGCUUGAGAGAGCAUCAGCUCAGGUUAAUGUGUGAAACUGUGAGAUAUGAAAGACACGAAGCAAAUGAAGUUUUAUACUAUCCUGAUGAUAUUGGGACCUGCUGGUAUAUCUUGCUGUCUGGUUCCGUGUUCAUUAAGGAAUCCAUGUUCCUUCCAAGAAGCAGUUUUGGCAAGCGUUCUGCAGGAAGCUUUAGGCGAGGCUGUGAGUGCAUUGUCCUAGAGCCUUCUGAAAUGAUUGUGGUGGACUAUAUGGAUGAAAAUGAAGAAUAUUUUCAGCGUCAAGCCUCUCACAGACAGUCUCGAAGAAGAUUUAGAAAAAUCAACCAGAAAGGUGAAAGACAAACAAUUAUUGAUACUGUGGAUCCUUAUCCUAUGGGCAAACCACCCUUGCCUAGAGGCUAUCAUACGGAAUGCACUAAAUCUCAGCUCCCUGCAGAUUUCACAAAGCUGCAGCUCGCGGACAGUCUGCACCCACAGGUGGCUCACGUUUCUUCCAGCCACUCAGGAUGUAGCAUCACCAGCGACUCUGGAAGCAGCAGCCUCUCGGAUAUUUACCAGGCCACAGAGAGCGAGGCCGGGGAUAUGGACCUGAGUGGGCUGCCGGAGACAGCGGUGGACUCCGAGGAUGACGAGGACGAGGAAGACAUCGAGAGGGCCUCGGACCCUCUGAUGAGCAGAGACAUUGUGCGGGACUGCCUGGAGAAGGACCCGGUCGACAGGACGGACGACGACAUCGAACAGCUCCUGGAGUUCAUGCACCAGCUGCCUGCCUUUGCGAACAUGACGAUGUCGGUGCGGCGGGAGCUCUGUGCUGUGAUGGUGUUCGCCGUGGUGGAGAGAGCGGGCACCACCGUGCUGAACGGCGGCGAAGAGCUGGACUCCUGGUCUGUGAUCCUCAACGGGUCCGUGGAAGUGACAUACCCAGACGGAAAGGCGGAGAUUCUUUGCAUGGGGAACAGUUUCGGCGUCUCUCCCACCAUGGACAAGGAGUACAUGAAAGGUGUGAUGAGGACGAAGGUGGAUGACUGCCAGUUUGUCUGCAUCGCCCAGCAAGAUUACUGCCGUAUUCUCAACCAAGUGGAGAAGAACAUGCAGAAGGUUGAAGAGGAAGGGGAGAUUGUCAUGGUGAAGGAGCACCGAGAACUGGACCGCACCGGGACCAGGAAGGGCCACAUCGUCAUCAAGGGCACCUCGGAAAGGCUAACAAUGCAUCUGGUGGAGGAACAUUCGGUGGUGGAUCCAACCUUCAUAGAAGAUUUCCUGUUGACCUACCGGACUUUCCUUUCUAGCCCGAUGGAAGUGGGCAGAAAGUUACUGGAGUGGUUUAAUGACCCGACCCUCAGGGAUAAGGUGACACGGGUAGUCUUAUUGUGGGUGAAUAAUCACUUCAAUGACUUUGAAGGAGACCCUGCAAUGACUCGAUUUCUAGAAGAAUUUGAAAAUAAUCUGGAAAGAGAGAAAAUGGGCGGACAUCUAAGGCUGCUGAACAUUGCCUGUGCCGCCAAAGCCAAAAGAAGACUGAUGACGCUGACGAAGCCAUCCCGGGAGGCCCCUCUGCCCUUCAUCCUGCUCGGAGGCUCUGAGAAGGGCUUUGGGAUCUUUGUUGACAGCGUGGAUUCAGGCAGCAAAGCCACUGAAGCAGGCUUGAAACGUGGCGAUCAGAUAUUAGAAGUAAAUGGUCAAAACUUUGAAAAUAUCCAGCUAUCAAAAGCCAUGGAAAUUCUUAGAAAUAACACACAUCUAUCCAUCACUGUGAAAACAAAUUUAUUUGUAUUUAAAGAACUUCUAACAAGAUUGUCAGAAGAGAAAAGAAAUGGUGCCCCUCACCUUCCUAAAAUUGGAGACAUCAAAAAGGCCAGCCGCUACUCCAUCCCAGACCUCGCUGUCGAUGUAGAGCAGGUGAUAGGACUCGAAAAAGUAAACAAGAAGAGUAAAGCCAAUACCGUUGGAGGGAGGAACAAGUUAAAAAAGAUACUCGACAAGACACGGAUCAGUAUCUUGCCUCAGAAACCAUAUAAUGACAUCGGGAUUGGUCAGUCCCAAGACGACAGCAUAGUAGGGCUGCGGCAGACCAAGCAUAUCCCAGCCGCCUUGCCAGUCAGCGGGACCUUGUCAUCCAGCAACCCCGACCUGCUGCAGUCACAUCACCGCAUUCUGGACUUCAGCGCCACUCCCGACUUGCCAGAUCAAGUGCUAAGGGUUUUUAAGGCUGAUCAGCAAAGCCGGUACAUCAUGAUCAGUAAGGACACCACAGCAAAGGAGGUGGUCAUUCAGGGCAUCAGGGAGUUUGCCAUUACUGCCUCCCCAGAUCAGUAUUCACUGUGUGAGGUCUCCGUCACACCUGAGGGCGUCAUCAAGCAAAGACGACUUCCGGAUCAGCUGUCGAAACUUGCUGACAGAAUACAGCUGAGUGGAAGGUAUUAUCUGAAAAACAACAUGGAAACAGAGACUCUUUGCUCAGACGAGGAUGCGCAGGAGUUGCUCCGAGAGAGUCAGAUUUCCCUGCUUCAGCUCAGCACUGUGGAAGUUGCCACACAGCUCUCCAUGAGGAACUUUGAGCUCUUCCGAAAUAUCGAGCCUACCGAAUACAUAGAUGAUUUGUUUAAACUCAAGUCAAAGACCAGCUGUGCCAACCUAAAGAAGUUCGAGGAAGUCAUCAACCAGGAAACCUUUUGGGUGGCCUCUGAGAUUCUUCGAGAGACAAACCAGCUGAAGAGGAUGAAGAUCAUUAAGCAUUUCAUCAAGAUAGCGCUGCACUGCAGGGAGUGCAAGAACUUCAACUCCAUGUUUGCGAUCAUCAGUGGCCUGAACCUGGCACCAGUGGCAAGACUGCGGACUACCUGGGAAAAACUUCCCAAUAAGUACGAAAAGCUAUUUCAGGAUCUCCAAGACCUGUUUGAUCCUUCCAGAAACAUGGCAAAAUACCGCAACGUCCUCAACAGUCAGAACCUGCAGCCUCCCAUCAUCCCCCUGUUCCCAGUCAUCAAGAAGGACCUCACAUUCCUCCAUGAGGGAAAUGACUCGAAAGUUGAUGGGCUGGUCAACUUUGAGAAGCUCAGGAUGAUUGCAAAGGAAAUCCGUCAUGUUGGCCGAAUGGCUUCGGUGAACAUGGACCCGGCCCUCAUGUUCAGGACUCGGAAGAAGAAGUGGCGCAGUCUGGGGUCCCUCAGCCAGGGGAGCGCGAACGCGGCAGUGCUGGACGUGGCGCAGACGGGCGGGCACAAGAAGCGGGUGCGCCGCAGCUCCUUCCUCAACGCCAAGAAGCUCUACGAAGACGCGCAGAUGGCCCGCAGGGUGAAGCAGUACCUGUGCAGCCUGCAGCUGGAGCUGGACGAGGACAGCCUGCAGACGCUGUCGCUGCAGUGCGAGCCGGCCACCAGCACAUUGCCUAAGAAUCCUGGUGACAAAAAGCCUGCCAAGUCCGAGACCUCCCCGGUGGCGCCGAGGGCCGGGCCGCAGCAGAAAGCGCAGCCGCAGCCCCCGCAGCCGCAGGCUGUGCACAAGGUCAGCCAGGGCCUGCAGGUGCCUGCCGUGUCCCUCUACCCCUCCCGGAAGAAGGUGCCCGUCAAGGACCUCCCGCCCUUCGGCAUAAACUCUCCACAAGCUUUAAAGAAAAUCCUCUCGCUGUCUGAGGAAGGCAGUCUGGAGCGGCACAGGAAGCAGGCUGAAGACGCGGGGUGCAGUGUGUCCUCUCAGCUGCCCUCGCCACCCGCCUCUCCACAGAGCUCCCCGCGGAAAGGUUUCGCGCUGGGCCCCAGCAGCACGGUGGACAACCUGUCCGAUUCGGGCCACAGCGAGGUCUCUUCGCGGUCCAGCAUCGUCAGCAACGCGUCCUUUGACUCGGUGCCCGCAGCGCUGCAGGAGGAGCGGCGCCAGAGGCACUCCGUGAGCAUCGUGGAGAGCGGCGCGGGCGCGGGCAGGCCGGAGCGGCGGGCGGCGCUGGAGCCGGACCAGUACAGCCUGGGGUCCUACGCAGCCGCGCCUGAGAGCCGGGGCUUGUACACCGCAGCGACCGUGAUCUCCUCUCCGAGCACCGAGGAGCUUUCCCAGGACCAGGGGGACCGCGCGUCCCUGGACGCCGCCGACAGCGGCCGCGGGAGCUGGACAUCGUGCUCCAGCGGCUCCCACGACAACAUCCAGACCAUCCCACACCAGCGCAGCUGGGAGACGCUCCCGUUCGGGCAUGCGCACGCGCACUUCGAUUACUCCGGGGACCCCACAGGCCUGUGGGCCGCCAGCGGCCACGCGGACCAAGUGAUGUUUUCUGAUCAUAGCACAAAGUACAGCAGGCAGAGUCAAAGCAGGGAGAGUCUGGAGCAAGCCCAGUCCCGGGCGAGCUGGGCCUCCACGGGCUACUGGGGCGAGGACUCAGAAGGAGACACGGGCACAAUCAAGCGGAGGGGUGGGAAGGACGUUUCCCUGGAAGCCGAGAGCAGCGGGCUGGCGUCUGUGGCAGCGGAGGAGACCAGGCCCGGGCCCCUGCCUGCCCGCGUUGCUGCAGCCCCGAGCGCUGGCAAGGGGUUGGUCGCGCGCAAGGAGGGCCGGUACCGGGAGCCGCCGCCGACGCCGCCGGGCUACGUGGGCAUCCCGAUCGCCGACUUCGAGGGCCCGCCCCCGGCGCGGAGGCCCCCCGACUACACCGUGGCGCUGCAGCGCUCGCGCAUGGUGGCGCGGCCCGCCGAGGCCGGGAGCUCCACGCCGGGUGGCAGGGGUGGCAGGCCACAGUGGCACCGGCCCAGCGAGGCCGACCCGCGCCCCUCGCCCUGCCCGGCCCAGGCCUUCUCGGCCGAGGAGGACGAGGAGGAGCAGGUGUCCGCUGUGUGAGGCCCGGGCUGCAGACAGAGCCACCCAGAGCAGGAGGCCACGUCCCUGACUGGAGCCUGAGACUCGCGCAGGCCUGCAAUAGCGGGCCAGUUUACCCCCUUCUCUGCCCUAAAGCAGCAUGGGGCUUCUCUUCCCUCCUCCUCUCCCCUUUGCAUGUGAAAUACUGUGAAGAACUUGCCCUGGCACCUGGAGACUUUGUUGCUUGAAAUGCACAGUGCAGCAGUCCCCGGGCGCCCACUGCAGCUGCCGUCACGUCACACGCUGCCCUUCCAGACCCCAGGAUCCUCGCUGCCACAGGACUCACUCCGCCGCACUCAGCAGUGCCUGGACGGGUGUUAGCAGUCUUCCUUUGAGAUUCAAUCCAGUCCCAGCACUUGGGCUCACUGGGGACAAUGAGAAAGCUAGCCAUUGAACUAGCUGGGCCUUUAACCCACCACCGAGACAAAGAAACAGCGAAAUCCUUUGAGUAGAGUGCUUGUCCACUUGUUUACAAAGCCCUUUUUUAAAAAAAUUAGUUUAAAGAUUAUGUUCGAAGAGUAAAUGUUAUAUCCACUUAAUGAGUACAGUAUUAUUUUUGAACCUUAAGCAGGGUCGCCAGCCUGGGUUUCCACACAAUCCAGAUAUGCCUGACAGGGUGUGGCCGCACCAAGAGGAGGGGCCCUGGCCCUCUUUCCAAGUGCCCGGCCCGGAAGUGUGAGAGAAGCCAGUCUCCGGGCCCUGCUGCCGGCCACUCCCCAUGGGGGCACGACCAUGGUCACACGCUUUGCACUUGGCCAGGGGAGAGACCCGUGCUCUGUCCUGCCCGAGCCUGACAGAGGCAGCCCACUGAGUCAGAUGGCAACCCCAUUUUUAAGUUAUAUUUCUUUGAUUUUUGUUAAUUUAGAGCUUUAGAGUUUUUUGUUUUGUCUCUUCAAAGAACCAUUUAUAACUGGAUAGCAUUGCAGUGAACACAGCUUGGGCUGCUGGAGCCAGUGCCAGCUGUGGAUACUGCUCUCUCACGACAGCCGCCCUUCCUGAGCUGGCAUUAGGCUUGGUGGGAGAGCACCCUGGCUGGAGAUGCCUGCCAGCCGUUGCAAGGUGGGCACCUCCCAGCGGCCGUGGGCGCUGCGUGGAGAGAAGCCUGAGUGUAGCAAGCGUCUGCUCACAGCUGCUAUGAACCCUGAGGACUGAAAGUGACCUUCCUCUCCACUUGUGUGUGGUUUUUGCACAGACUCCGGAAGUGAAGGCUGCCAAUCCGAGUAGUACUCAGAUGUGAGGAACUGCUGGUCUUGGAUUUUUUCCAUUAAAUUCAGCUGAUCAUAUUGAUCAGUAGAUAAAAGUAAAUAGCUUCAAAUUUUAAAAGUCAAAUUGCAGUGUUUUUUCACUGUAUCCAACAAUGUCAGUGCUUUAUUUAAUAAUUAUCAUGGCAUUUGUCUACUUAUAUAUUACAUUGUCAAUUAUACAUUUGUAAUUUUACAUGUAAUAUGCAUUAUUUGCCAGUUUUAUUAUAUAGGCUAUGGACCUCAUGUGCAUAUAGAAAGACAGCAAUCUAGCUCUACCACAAGUUGCACAAAUGUUAUCUGAACAUUAAGUAAUUGUAGAACAUAGGACUGCUAACUUCAGUUCACUCUGUGAUGUCAAGUGCAGAAUGUACAAUUAACUGGUGAUUUCCUCAUACUUUUGAUACUACUUGUACCUGUAUGUCUUUUAGAAAGACAUUGGUGGAGUCUGUAUCCCUUUUGUAUUUUUAAUACAAUAAUUGUACAUAUUGGUUAUAUUUUUGUUGAAGAUGGUAGAAAUGUACUAUGUUUAUGCCUCUACAUCCAGUUUGUACAAGCUGGAAAAUAAAUAAAUAUAACAGAAAGCCUUGCCUAUA